AUGGCAUUGGACACACUAAAAACCUACCCGGCUGAUGCCAUAUACUGUUACACAGACGGGUCGGACAUGAAGGACCUCGUAAGAGCUGGGUAUGGGGCCUAUAUCUGUUACCCAGACCUCGACCCAGAAAAGCUGUCAGGUGCAUGCGGCCUCGCCGCAUGUAGCUUUGAUGCAGAAUUAACAGCGAUAACCAAUACCCUCAAUCACGUGCUCCAAAAACUGCGCAAAAAGAUAACCAUUGUAAUGGUUACCGAUUCCCAGUCCUGCCUCCAAGCCAUGGCUGGCUUAGGGGGAAAGUCCAAAUUAAUGGAAGAGGCAUUAGGCUCCGCAAAUAACAUCCACCUGCUUAUUGGAGCUGUCAUCGUUAUGCAGUGGGUGCCCUCGCACUGCGGCGUGAGGGGCAAUGCCGUGGCUGAUGCUCUAGCACGAGAAGGAGCGCUGGCCAUGCCCGCUUUCGAGUCACCAAGUACGUUCCAACAGGCUACGACAGUAAUACGAGAGUGGGUACAUGAAAAGUGGUUGAAAUCCUGGGAUAACUCCAGCACUGCCAGGGGAGUCUGGCAGCACAUGCGCCGCCCAAAUCAAGAGGACCCAUGGUGGAGGCUAAAAAGUUCAGAUCAGAACAAACAACAAUAG